AUAUGUCUUCCUGACUACAAAGUUAUAUCUGAUGUUGCGAAUUGGUAUCGAGAACGUAACUGCACCUGUAUAGCUAUGACAGUGGCCCCAUAUAAAGACAGGGAUAUCAACAGGCCACUUUAUUAUUGUGAUGGCCGAAGAUUGUUAGACGUAAAUAUUUUAUUCUAUGUUGAAACAUUCAAUACAAGCAUUGGAAAGGGCAUAUACAUGUUUGAUUUCGGUGCCGAAAAUGUUAUCUUUGGACCUGUCGUUUGUUCGAAUGUGGAGAAAUUGGAAAGUACAAACGUAGGUUGUGGAAAAGAAAACAACGUAUUUCCUGAAUCUGUACGAUGUGUUUUUGACAUUGAUUCCUAUGGCUUCAUCAUUGGCUGCAGAUCUGGACAACAUCUUCAAGGGUGUGGUAUGACUGAUUAAUAUCAUAUUUUGACUUGUCUAAUUUAAUUAAUUUAAUUUCUCUUUGCAGUU